CAACUUUGGGCAUCUACUUUAGUGACGACUAAGUGCACUUGACAGGAUGAACUCUGCACAACAUCUCCAUGGUUUCGUCCUGGCGCUGCUAGUAGUAUCACUAUCAGCGUCGCUGGUUCGAGCUGCUCCUAUUGUAGAAUUUUCAGGAGACGAUUAUUCUGGAAGCUCUCGAGUCAUCCCACUAUCAACGAAUUGGGAAUCUUUAGCUGAGUGGCUGCACAGCGAAGUUUUAAAACUCAGGGACCAACAGUUCCACGAUGUAUUUAAUUUACCAGUUAAUAAUAGCUCCUUCAGUUUGUACACAAUCAAACUACCUCAGAUUACAGUAGCGGAUGGAUGUUUAUCAUCUGCAUUCAAGAAGGAAAACUGUUUAAGAACAAUCGCUACGGGGCUUCAAGAAUAUCUGGAGUACAUGAAUUAUGUGAAGGAUUCAUAUACCAGCGGGAAGGACGAAGUAGAAAAAGUAUCGGACACAAUACAAAAUCUGUCAGCUGAUGUCUUUCAAAGGAUGAAGAAUCCCCCAAGCGUCACCAAGUUAGAAAUAAACACAAAAGAUAUCCUCUCGCACAACAGCGACAGCGAGUGGGGUCAGGCAGUGAACGCGCAUCUAAUUCUCAGGGAGUUCACCAGUUUCAUGGAGAAAACAUAUCUGGCUAUUCGCAACAUCAACGAAAAGAAAUCCAGAAAGAUUACAUCUGUAUGAGUGUUUUAGCUCAAAGCGUUUGAGAUGAAGGAAUCUAUUUAAUACUAUAUUUAAUAAUGUAUGAUCUGCUAUUAUCAGUAGAUAACAAGUUUGUUCUUUGUCGAGAACCCAAAAAAUAUUUAAUACCUCUAUUGUAAUAAUUAUUUAUUAAACACUUAAGUGUAUUUAUUUAUUUAUUUAUUUAUACUUGUAUACUGUUAUUUAUAUAACAAUGCAAGUGCUAAUAUUGUUUGAAAUUGUACAAAAAAAAAAAAAGGCACACUCCUGUCCUGAUUUGUAUGGUACAACGAAAACUUUGUAAUAUUCAACCUCACCUACAUCAGUCCGGCUGUACUGCAUACUGGUGAGUAGCACUAGUUAUAGCGCAUUAAUACAGUAUGUAUUUUGAGAAACAGAAAAAUGUGGUAUUGCUGGUUUCAGCAGUAUUUUUUUUUUUAAUUGUUCAGACAAAUGCAUUUUUUAAAUUAUUUAUUUAUAGAUAACCAGUCACUAUUUUAAUGUUAAAAAAGCAGACAUUCUUAAUAUUUAACUUUUAUUUUUAUAAAGAUAGACAAUGGUUUAUAGUCAUGGGCUGAAGUUGUCAAGUGUACACUGCAAGCAAGUUACAGUACACCUUGGGUCUUAGAACUCCUGAGCGUGCAACACAUUCAUUGAAAUUACAUGCAUUUAACCCACAAUGAAUGCCUUAUUAAAAUGGGUGUUGCUGUGGGCUCUGGAAUAAUGUAGGCUUUUUUAAUAAAGACUAUUUUGAACGUGUUCAUUGUUUCUCUGCAGUUGGGGGAGAAUAUGUUGGUUCUGUAUUGCUGCGGUUAUUUAUUUGAAGAAUAAGCUUGUUGUGUGGAUACUGUGAUUUGUUCUCCAUACUGUCCACCUAUUAAAAUCCAUUGUUUUACACAAGCCUUUGUUACUACUAGUAUUCAUUUAUUUGUUUUAAUUCUGAAUUGAAUGACCUCAACUUUGGGCUUCACUCAUAAAAUACAGUAUUAUGUAUACAAUGUGAUCUCCAAAUGUUUACUCUAAUAGCAGGAAGUACAGUGUGUAGUGUCACAUUUUCAUUUUCAAUACUGUAAUUGUUAGAAAUGUCACUGAUGUCAAAGUGUUAUGGGCUUGCUGUGGAGUGCUUUACACACAGUCUGCUCUAAACAGUGCUGACAGGUCACACCUUGAGCUUACCUUCCAAAGUGCCAUAAGCUGACUUGAGUUCUCAGGUGCUGGAGCUGAUCAGGUAGAUUUAUCAUAAACCACAUCAAUUGAAAAUGAAUUAAAUGCAAAAGCCAACUAAUUCUGGAGAAAACAGUUGCUCAGUCUUGUCUACUCAGACAGCUGAUUAUUGUGCCGAGGGCUUGGGGAGUGAUUCACAUAUUUGUUUAUAAUAUAAAAUAAUCACAAUUCAUUCAGCAAUGCAUUCAUCUACACUAUAGGUGUGAAAU